AUGGCAGACGAUUCGACCCAGCCGCCCGUGUCGCCCGAGACCCUGCUGAGGUACCUCAUCGGUGCCUUGUUCUGUUGGAUGCUGUUCGGCAUCUCCACCGUCCAGCUGUACAUCUACCACGUGUCCUUCCCGCGCGACCGGUUCGCCAUCCGGGCGUCCGUCUACACGAUCUUCGCGCUCGACAUCUUCCAGAGCAUCGUCGUUGCCUGCGAGGCGUGGCAGACGCUCUGCGCCGGCUGGGGCCGCCCCGUCAACCUGCAGUUCCCCGGCUGGACGUUCACUGGGCUGCCCAUCGUCUCGAGCGUCAUUUCUAUUUGGGUGCAAACGUUCUACGCAUGGAGGAUCUAUCAGCUCGGAAAGUGGAGGGUGGUUCCGAUCAUCAUCAUGAUUACCGCGCUCGCUCAGGCCGGUGCCGCCUGUGCAAUUGCGAUCUCGUUCAUCUCUCUCAAGGAUAUCGAACGCCUGCACGACACGGAUAUGUUCGCCCGCACAAUCGUUUGGCUCGGAGGCAGCGCGUUCACCGACAUGACGAUCAUGAUUUCUAUGGUCUACCUCCUGUACAACGUCCGGGAGAAGACCCGCGACUUCGAGCGGUCCGAGUUCAUGACCGGGUGCGCGUGCGCGCUCUCCGCGGUGCUCGAGCUCGGCUUCUUCCUCGGCCUGCCGGACACGAACAUCCACCUCAUCAUCGCGCUCAUCCUCUCGAAGGUGUACUCGAACACGCUCAUGACGUCCCUCAACUCGCGCGCGAACAUCGCCGGCACGCGCUCCGUCGGCGGCAACUCCCUCUCGAUGUCGCGCAGCAUCGGCUUCAACGGCUUCGCCACCACGGUCGAGACCGCGACGACGAUGACCGCCGGCGGCGCGGGCGAGGGGCUCGCCGCGCCCGACGGCAAGGCCGUCGCGGUGCACAUCUCGCGCGCGGUGGACUCGGAUCGGUCGGCGGGGUCGGCGGACGACAAGUAUGCGGAGCGCGAGCCGGUGCAGAACUGGCCGGACCUGGAGAUGAACGACGUGCGGGCGCGCAAGUUCGACAUCGCGAGCUCCGUCGCGCGCGCGGUGUGA